UCAAUCCAAAACAUAAGGACCGUUUUUGUCAUUUUCUCGGGUAAAUUACAGAAAAACGGGUGGACCAAUUUUGGACCGGCAUAGAAGCACCUCUGAAUAACUUCAAGAGAAUCGUGAAAUUCUCAGCUAUGGCCUCCGAUUCUCGUAAAGUGAUUGUUCAUUUAAGAGCGACUGGCGAUGCCCCAAUUCUUAAACAAGCCAAAUUUAAGAUUGCAGGUACUGACAAAUUCAUCAAAGUAAUAGAUUUUCUGCGCCGCCAACUUCAUAGGGAGACAUUGUUUGUGUAUGUUAACAGUGCCUUCUCACCAAAUCCAGAUGAGUUGGUAAUUGACCUGUACAAUGCAGGAAACGGUUAGCGCUUUUGCUGUCCCUCUUUGUCCACCAUCCCCUGAAGCGUAGAGUUGAAUAUCUGACAUAUUGGUGUGAAAACUUUAAGAUCCCUUUCUGCUCCCACCAUGGUGACAGUUUCUGUAAAGUUAGCAAUCCUCUCUAUUCAUUUGUAUCUAGAAUUCUAGUUGUUACUAACUUGCAUCUCUAUUUAGGGGUUCGACUGCCCCUCCAGGUUUGCACCCUCCCCAGAAACGUUUUACAUAUUAUCUGUGUCUUUUAUGAAAACAAGCUACAGUUUAUGAUGGAGAGAAUGCUUGAAACAAGGACCAUAUGUACUUCUGUUGUACUUGCUUAUUGAGUUGAAUGAACUGAUUGUGCUCUUACUAGCUUCUGCGGAAAUUAAGUGAGGCGAAUCAGAUGGUACUUUGGAGGGUGAAAUAUUGAAGGGUGAUAGCAGAGAAUACAACUUAAUAAUAGCAAGGAAGUCCAAAAGUCCGUUCGAUCAAUAAAUGGCAGGGCAGCCCGGUGCACUAAGCUCCCGUUAUGCGCGGAGUUCGGGGAAAGGUCGGACCACUAGGGUUUAUUGACGCAACUUUACCCUAUAUUUUUGUAAGAGCUUAUUUUCACGGCUCGAACUAACUUAACCAAUUUCCGCAAGAGGUUGUUUCCAUCAUAUCUUGCAUUUGAAUGAUUCCCUUGCUCAAGAAUACCUGUAAAUUGCUCCCUCAUUGCUAGAUAAAGCUACCAAUGUACACCAAUCAAACAAAGCUAAAAUAAUCAGGCCUAAUAAAUUUGAAUAGCGUUUUAAUUUGA